UUUGACUUUGGUUUCUUCCUCAUCGCCGCGGAGGACACGGCUCCCUUUGGACUGCCGCCUGUAGUAUCGCAAUGUAGAGUGUGCGUUAGGCUCGUCCCAAUUUCACUUUGUCUUAGAGGGGUUGCUGGUUAUGAAAGCUCACUAGCGGCUUGUGAGAUAUCAGUGCCGCCGCAUUUUAUUUGAUUCCCGUAGGUAUGCUGUCUCUCCUGUUCAAGUCGGGCCGAGGCCUUCCGAGGGCCGUCCUCGGCUUCGGCCUGGUAGUAGCAGCUGCUGGGGUCGCAGAAAAUCACAGAGACGAAGAGAGGAAAAGGAAAGGCCGCGGGGCCUACAGCACUGCCAUCGAACGGAGUCGUGAAUUGCUGAGGCGAACGAAGGAUGAGGUGGGAACUCCAGGAGUAGUGGUUGGCGUUUCCGUUGAUGGACAAGCAGUUUGGACAGAAGGGCUUGGGUUUGCAGAUGUGGAGAACAGAGUGCAAUGUACAGCGGAGACUGUCAUGCGCGUGGCCAGUAUCAGCAAAUCCUUCACCAUGGCUGCUAUCGCCAAGCUCUGGGAGGAAGGCCGGCUGGAUCUCGAUGCUCCGGUGCAGAAGUAUGUGCCAGAGUUCCCAGAAAAGGAGUUUGAAGGAGAAAAGGUGGUAAUAACAACCAGGUUAUUAGUGUCGCAUUUGAGUGGAAUCAGGCAUUAUGAAAAAGACGUACAGAAAAUCAGAAAGGAGUUAGAGAAGGCACAGCCUGGGAGAUCCGGACCACCUCCAGGGGCUACCACAGAGAAGCCAGUCCUGGGAACAGACGGCAAGAAUGACACCAAAGAACUAAGUGUGGCAGCAAAUCGGAAAAGCCGGGGGCUCGAACCAGAGGAGUUUUAUAUCAAAGAGAAGUUUGACAGCGUAAUAGAUGCUCUGGAGCUGUUUAAAAAUGACGCAUUGGCUUUUAAACCAGGAACCCAUUUCCUUUACUCCACUCAUGCCUGGACCUUGCUGAGUGCCGUUGUGGAGCGAGCCUCGGGGCAGAAGUUUCUGGAUUUUAUGCUGCAGAUGUUCAAGGACCUAGGAAUGAAAAAUACUUUGCCUGAGGAACACGAGCCCAUCAUAUACAACAGAGCAAGGUUUUAUAACUUCAACGAGAAGAAGCGUCUUGUAAAUACACCCUAUGUGGACAAUUCGUGCAAAUGGGCCGGCGGUGGGUUCCUCUCCACAGUUAAUGACCUCCUGACCUUCGGAAAUGUUCUCUUGUACAGUUAUCAAGCUAAGGCAGCUGACCGGAUCCUGCCUGGAUACCUCAAACCCGACACUGUGUCUAUGAUGUGGACACAAGUGCCCAAUACCAAAAUGUCCUGGGACAGAGAUGGCAAAUAUGCCAUGGGCUGGGGGACAGUGGAGAAGAAAAUGGAUUUUGGUCACUGUAGGCACCAAAGGCAUUAUGUGUCCCACACAGGAGGAGCCGUGGGGGCCAGCAGUGUCUUACUUAUCCUUCCUGCAGUGGAGGAUCACAGUCCUUCAAACACUAACAUGGUAGUUCCACCAAAAGGGGUUGUGGUAACUAUAAUAGCCAACAUGCAGGCUACUGGACUCAAUAGUACUGCUCUCAAGAUAGCAUUAGAGUUUGAGAAGGAAAAAUCUUCAAACCAAUAAUCAAGAUCUCUGGGGCAAAACCAGCAUUGGUGAACUCACCGGCAGGGAAUUGUGUAUACAAUGGGUCGUAUUUUAAUUUUUUUAAAAUAUGUAUUUUAAUUUCUUAGUGUUUAAAUGAAGUUUGUUGAUAAAAUCAGAAGCCUUUGAAAGCGUCUGUUGUCUAUGCACCAACAAAGAGUGACUAACCGGUUUGGGUCUGAACUCUCAUGACCCUUUGAAUUCCUCUUGUUUAAUAUAUCCUUACUCAAAGAAGUAACUCUAUUGUUAAUAAAACCUUAAUGUGGAAAUCUUUGAUACACUUAUCAUAUAUUUGUAAUAUCUACAAUAAACAUCUCUUCCAUUUUUCACUGGAGAGUAAGCGUGAAUGUACACAUGCAGCAGCUUCCAAUAUGUCUUGAUGAGGAUAUGCAGGCCACAAGAUGACUUGACAUCUGCCUAAAGAUUUUGUCCCAAUGUGACCAAACUGUUACUGGGAAGUGAACCCAUUCAUUUUGCGUCUUGUGCCAAGAAUAUUUUUUACAUAUUACCAUAUUUGCUAAUUUAUAUGAUGACCCCCCCCCCCAAAAUUUGAAUAUUAAUUUAGGAAACAAAGCCUGAUUAUAAAACAUUACCUUAUAGGAACGUUUUACUAGUAAAUAUUCACAUGUGAACUAUUUUUUAAUAUU